GACGUAGGCAGGGGCGCGGCUCGGGGCAGUCAAAAGUUCUCCCGCCUCAGAGGGCAGCUCCCUGCUCUCCUGUCCGCUGCUCUCCUUUUCCCCAGCUGGCUCUUUCUCCCUGCCUGUCCGGGGCUGAUGGCAGCUGCUCCGGGGGUUGUCAUUGCGGAGCUGCUGCUGCUGCAGCAACAGCCAGGUUGCGAGCGCUGCCUCCCUCCCUGCUCGCUCACGGAUGAGGACUUGGCCACCCGCCCUGGCUUGGCUCACCUCCUUGUGGACCUGACGAAACACAUGGACUCUAGUGGGCUCAGUCUCCACUGGGCACCACAGGCGGAGGAGGCAAGGAAGCAAUUGCAGCUCUGCCGAACAAACUGGCUGAAGUGGGAGGCGCUCCACCGGCUUCUGCAGGAGGCACUAAGGGACCUGGGGACUGGGCUAGCCCCUCAGCACAGAAAAUUCCUGGAAGUCCUGGAGCAACAGCUUCUAGUAGCUGAGCUGAGACGAAUGCUUGAUCUUGGUCCUUCCCCUCAAGGCACUCGGUCAUCUCUUUUGGGUUUGGUGCCCUCUGACCUACUAGAGCUUCUUCCCCCGAAUCAAGAGCUGGAGGAAGUGAGAAAGCGGCUCCCUGCUGAGCUGGAGAAGCGUCUUAAGCCCAAAUGCUUGGCUGUGCUAAGUUACUACCGUCCUGAGAGUGAUGGUGCUGGGGAGGCUGCACGGAUGGCCAUGUUGGGGACCCUGGCAGAAAGUCUGGCUGCAGAGAAGCAGCGUUUGCAGGAGGCCCGUGCCCGGCACCAAGAACUUGUAGGGAUGCUGGAGCAGCAGAAAGCUGCCUAUCCUCAGGUUCUGUUACGCUGCCUAGCCCUACUGAAACGCUUGGCCCGUGAGCAUCGCCUUGGGGCCCAGUCUGAACUAGACCACCUCAACACCCAAUAUCUGGAGAUAAAGUGCAGCGCCAUGUUCCUCAAAAUACGACUUGAGGAACUGAGCAUCCUCUUGGAAAGCUACACACCUGAGAAAAUCAACGCGCAUCGGAUGAUUCAGGACAGCCUGAAGGCAGCUUUAUGUCAGGAAGAGCAAGACCUAGCCAUUUCCCAAAAGAUCCUCUCCAAUUAUGAGACGUUGGGCUCUGAAUUUGAAGAGCUGGUGAAGGAGUAUGCCCGGCUCAAAGCCAUAAUUGAGAACAGGCGUUGGGUGCUGACGGAAUUUAACAAAGACUGAGACUGAUGCUGAGUGUGGUGGGGGCCUGGUGUGCAAACUGACCAGUUGGUGUCUAAUGGUCGCUUCACAAAAAUAAAAAUGGGAGGAAAAACACAUUCCCUGUGAUCAUGUGACUCUCUUCCUGCUGGAAAGAAUGUCGGGGCCCUGUCUCCCAGUUCUAGUGUCUCCAAUUCUCUCCAUGUCAAAAGACUGUUGGAUUUCUCCCAGACUCCAGUGAUGCCUCACUAAAACCUUCUCACUUUCCAGAGCCCAUGAUAGACCCCUAAGAGUCUUGUAUGCCCACCCCAAAUAAAAGAAUGUUAUGUUUGCA